UUCCUUUGAUGAAGGCUCCCAUUGACUCCCAUUCAAAUCGAGCGAACCGUUUGUGAAAGUCUUACUAACAGUCAGAUCGCUCCAUCCCGACCGAGCUGCACGUUCUGGUGUAUUUCCUGUGCACGUGCGACCCAAACUGCGGGAUGAAUAAUACUAAUCUGCGUUUUAGAAGAAAAUGUUUGUUUUGUGAAACACCAGUGUCCAGCUGAGCGUGUCGCUGUGCGCAGGCGCAGUGUGAGUAUGAACCGUGAAGCUGGAAGCUGAAGUGUCUCCAGAGAUGAAGACACCUCCGGACAGGUCAGGAAUCACUUUUGAGGUCGGAGCCCUGCUUGAAGCCCGAGAUCGACACAAGAACUGGUACCCAGCGACGAUUGAAAAGAUUGACUUUGAUGAAGAGCGGAUCCUGAUCCACUACCGUCAGUGGAGCCGUCGCCAUGACGAAUGGUUUCAUUGGAGCUCACAGUAUCUGCGGCCGCUGGAGCGAGUCAGUCUGAGGAGGCUGGGCCUCAAUCCACCACACUCUCAACCGAUGUUUGUCUCAGGUAUGAAGGUUCUGGCCUGUUGGACAGACUGUCGUUUCUACCCGGCCAAAAUCCUCAGCGUCAACAAGGAUGACUCCUACACAGUGCGUUUCUAUGAUGGUGUGGUUCUGACUGUGAAGCCCACCAAGGUCAAACCCUCCAACUCUAAGUCCAAAUCUGAGAAGAGUGCAGUGGGAAGAGGAUGGGAGGAAGGAGAGAGCGAGGAGGAGCAGGACGAAGGAGGGGGCAGAGGGGAGAAAAAGAGAUGAAGGGGGGAGAAGAAGGAAGAGGAGGAAGAGGAGGCAGAGGACGAAGAGGACGAAGAGGAGGAAGAGGAGGAAGAGCUGCCCUCUCAUCCACCAGUGAAGAAGAAAACCGAUGAAGGUAGAAGCAGUGGAGCUCAAAGUCUGCCAAUCACAGAUGACUCCGCCCAGCUGGCAGCUUCUCAUGACAGAGACCUCCUGUUGGAGCGUCAGGCCCACCUCCCCACCACGCACAAGUACAGCAGAGAACCAUUGUAUCGUGUGAUAAAGAACCAGCCUCCUCCGAUCCUCUCCAUCGAGUUGGACCACAACCCGUUCAAGUGUCCGUCAUCGGGCUGCACCAAGUCAUUCAGGAAGGCAAGUCUGCUGCACUACCACAUCCAAUUCACUCUGACCAGCAGCUGGGCCGAGGCAGGCAGCGAGCAGGAGGCACCGAGGUAUCGAAAGCGGUUGUCUUCUGAGGGAGUCGAUGCGUCAGACAGGAAGAAUGAGAACAAGAAUAUGACUUGUCACCGUGACGACACAGAGCACAGCCCCAUUGGAACAGGUGAAGAAGGACGGUGGGAGGGAGGAAGUGGAGGACAGAGCAAGGAGAGGAAGAACUUCUUGAGGGUCAAACUAAAGAAAAAGAAGAAGAAGAAGAAGAAAAGUCAGUCAGGUGAGUCUCGGAGCAGUGGCGAGAACACGGACAGACCUCCUCUCACUCUGAAGCUGUCCACGGACAACCCAACACCCCUCCACCAGUCGGAGGGCAGUGACUGGUCCACGUUAACAGCAGAGAGUGGCGAGGACACGCCCUCUUGGCCUGUUGCUAUGGAGACAGACGAGUGCGAGGUGGUGAGGUGUGUUGGGAGGUGGAUGAGGAGAGACUUCAUGAUCCAGUGUGAGUCGUGUCUGUGUUGGCAACAUGGAACCUGUAUGGGCCUAUAUGAAGACAACGUGCCACACAACUACAUCUGCUACUACUGCAGACACACUGCAGGUAUGAGGCGGGCCCAGCGGUUCCUGUCAGAGCCUGAUUUGCUGAUAUCUGGUCACAUGUUCGGUCUGUCGUGUGUGAAGGAGAACUACUCCGAGAUCAACGCCUCCAUCACGACCACCUGCACCUGCUGGCGCACACGCAUGGCCAAUCAGGUCCUCAGUGGGCUGCAGCUGAAAAUCAGCUUGUUACACUCUCCGUCCCACCCCGAUCUGCAGCUGUGGAGGUUGCCAUGGAGGCAGCAGGAGGGGCCAAGAUUGACUUCCAGCCCCAAGGAAUCUGGCCUCCUGUUAUGUCAGCAUGAGCACUGCUACCAGAAGCCAGGAGCAUCAUGGGAAAAGGCGAGGAACACACACACACCUGGACACAUACCCGAGCCUCGUCCAGGGACAGAGGCCGAGUGUCAGCUGAACCUGCUGGAGCAUGUCGAGUUUCACCCACAGAUCAGUGCCAGGAUGGAUCUGAUAGAGCGGGAAGUUGAUGUGUUAGAGUCCUGGUUGGAUCACUCAGGUGAGCUUGAGCCUCCCGACCCUUUGUCCCGACUCCCGCAGCUCAAACAGCGAAUGAGGCGGCUGCUGCGUGACCUCUGCACCGUGAGACGCCUGUCGGUCUGCCGCUGACCCAGUCCCUCAUCUCCGACCCCUGACCUUGGACCCUGUAAGUCACACCUGGCCAAUAGGAGCAAAGGGACAGACAGACGAGGCCAGCGCACGACAGGAUGUUGAGCGCGUCGCAGGGCGUGUCGCUCUGAGGAUCGUUUCCACUCAGUCGCAGGACAUGCCCCCUCUAGUGGUCGCUCUGCAGAGCGACGAUUUUCUGAAGUAACUGAACAGGGGAUUUUUUAAAACUUAAAUUUCACAAAAGGUACAAGAAACAUUUCCUGAACCGCCUCCAGCACGACUCCAGUCUGCGUCAUCACACAGGCUGUGGUGACCACAGGUUUUAUAAGUGAUCGAUCAACGUCAUCAGCUCAUCAGGAGACGUUAAGGUUUGUUUGUGUUACAGCUUUAGACUGAAAGCAAUAUGUUAUCUUGCAUCAUUUUAAACUUCCUGUUGUGUAUAAUUUAACUGCUGACACACACAUAUUUUAUGACAUCAGAUGAUUUCCAUGAUUUUAUCAAUUCGACAUUUCUCAGUUCACAGGUUUAAGUAAUUUUAGUAAAAUAGUUUGUUUUUUACUUAAAAAGUUUAAUAUUUCGCUUUUUACGUGAAAAAUAAAAACGUUCUCAGCGUGUUUUAAGUUUAAAGGUUCGUUCACAACCUUAACUUAAUGAAAUAUUUAGUUGUAAAAGUUUGGUGAGCACUCCCACUCAUGAACAGAGAAGGAAAUCAUAUUUCCUCUAAAGACCGUUUCAUGGAAACAGCUGAUUCUUCUCAGCGUCAUCGACCCGUUUUCAUUAAAACCAGCAAAACUUUCCUCCAUCGUAGCACAAAAUGUUUAAAAUGUAAAUAUGUUGAAUUGAAUGUUUGAUAGAAGAAUUUAACUGUAUAAAGCCGCAGAGUUAUUUUGAUAGAACAGUCACGAGUCUACAGUCGAGGGAAGUUUGGAGAAUUUGAGGAAAAAGUUGUAAUUUCAAGAAAAAAGUCCAAUUGAAACUUUUCUUCUGUCUGAUUAUUUUCUGAAAACGACUCCAGUGUUUCCUUUGACAGUGACGCUGAAGAACUCCGAUCUUCUUCUCUACAGUUGUUUUAAAUUUGAAGCUGUUUGAUUUAACCUGUUUCAGAUGAUCCUCAUCAACAUACGAGUCUGACUUCACCACGUUAUUAGAAACCACCGGAAACACGAGCGCAUGUUUAGAUCGGUUCGUCUGAGUUGACGAGGAUCAUCCUUUCUCUGAGGUUUUCCAGCUUUGAAUAAAAUGAUACAACUUCA